AGCUCGCCUUUGUCAAAACCCCAACGACCAACAGGAAGACAAUGGCGACUGAUUCGCGAAGGCCCUCUGGUGUGAGCCGCCUUUACUCGUCAGCGGACACCGACACGCCCGAUUCGUCGCGCCCGUCGUCGCCUUCGCACGAUGGCCUCAUCUCGCCAGGACUGCAUCACAGGCCCAGUGCUGGUGCGGCCCACUACUCGGAGCAAGACGAAAAGCAGCUACAUCAGAGUGACUCGCGCUUCUGGGCACAGCGGAGGACGUCGACGCCGGCUGCGCUGACGGAGAAGCUGCAAGCCAUGUCAACGACGGACAGUGCGGUCGAGGAUGGGAGCAGUGACGCUGCUGGAUCCAAGGUGGACCUGACGACGAGCGGAGAAGGCCAUCAUGUACCCACGCCGCAUGCGGCCCACAUCACUGGCGAGCAAGCAUCUGGCUUCUUCGAGAUCCAAGAAGAAGAAAAGGUGCCAUCGCACAGACCAGGUCAAGUCGAGGAUGUCAAAGAGCAGGUCAAACGGUAUGCAGCGUCUCCCGCAGAGGCCGCUGCCGCCCUUGCCAGUAUGGGUGCGACGUCAGAGCAGGCCUCAUCAGCUAAAGCCCCUGGUUCUGACGAGCUGACGGACGAACUUCGAGCGCUGUACGUCAAUUUGCAAAAGUGCCUCGACCUUCGCGACAAGUACAUGGAUGUCUCGCUUCAGGGCAAAUGGGAGGACAAUCCGAGGAAUUGGGACGCGGAAUAUUGCGAAAAGUGGGACAAGGAGAAUGGACGUGGGAGCCAAUCGAGGGACAUCAGGGAGAAGGAGUGUGGUACUAUCAAAGUCGACGGAAGCGCCCUGUGCUCGGACGGUGUUACCCCCAAGCCAUGGCGGGUCUAUCCGGCUCCCCCACGGCCUCACUGGGAACACUUUGAACCAGCACCGCAGUCGAGCUUCGUCGUCCGCCCGACCAGUGUCAAUCCUCUGCCUCCUGCUAUUCCUCCGGCUUCUCCAGCAAACGCCAAAGCUGCACAAGCGCUCCUGGAGGCCACUGGCCGCAGACCUGGCGUCUUUAGCAUGGAGCACGUGUCCAUUCCAGGCAGGCAUCAGGUAAAAGGCCAAAAUGUAUCUUGGGCCAUGGACGAGUCUGGAGUCUGCCAAGUGUGGAUGGAAGAAGACAAGAAGAAGCUCGGGCAGCAAGAGCCUCAGGCGCAGGCCAAUGGAUCCACACCAAAGCCCUUGUUCCGGAUCCCCUCGAUUCGCGAAUACUUUCGCGAUCUCGACUACCUCCUGUCCGUCAUCUCGGAUGGGCCCACCAAGUCCUUUGCGUGGAGACGGCUCAAGUACCUCGACGGCAAGUGGAAUCUUUACAUCCUGCUCAAUGAGUACAGAGAGCUCGCGGACAUGAAGAGGGUCCCGCACCGCGACUUCUAUAACGUCAGAAAGGUGGACACACACGUUCAUCACAGCGCGUCGAUGAACCAGAAGCACCUGCUCCGCUUCAUCAAGGCAAAGAUCAAGCGUUUCCCUGACGACGUUGUCAUCUUCAGAGAUGGUUCCCAUCUAACCCUGCAGCAGGUCUUUGAGUCGCUCAAUCUCACUGCAUACGACCUGUCUAUCGACACCCUUGACAUGCACGCCCAUCAGGACGCUUUUCACCGCUUCGACAAAUUCAAUCUCAAGUACAACCCAAUUGGCGAAUCGCGUUUGCGAGAAAUCUUCCUAAAGACCGACAAUCUCAUCAAGGGUCGCUACCUCGCUGAGAUCACCAAGGAACUCUUUGCUGAUCUUGAGCAGAGCAAGUAUCAGAUGACUGAAUACAGGAUCUCCAUCUACGGAAGAAGUCGGAGCGAGUGGGAGAAACUGGCGGCGUGGAUCGUCGACAACAACCUCUUCAGCCCAAAUGUUCGGUGGCUCAUCCAGGUGCCUCGCCUCUACGAAGUCUACAAGGCCAAUGGCACCGUCGAGAACUUCGAGCAGCUUCUUGACAAUGUCUUUGGCCCACUCUUCGAGGUCACCCAGGAUCCAUCUUCAUACCCCAAGUUACACAUUUUCCUCCAGCGCGUCGUUGGAUUCGACGUCGUCGACGACGAGUCCAAGGCCGAGCGCCGGAUGCAUCGCAAGUUCCCCGUCCCGAAGCUGUGGGACUACAAGCAGAGCCCGCCGUACAACUACUGGAUGUACUACAUGUUCGCCAACAUGUCGAGCCUGAAUCACUGGAGGCGAAUGCGUGGAUUCAACACAUUUGUGCUGAGGCCCCACGCUGGCGAGGCGGGCGACACGGACCACAUGGCUGCGGCCUACCUCACAUCUCAAUCCAUUUCCCACGGCAUUCUCCUCCGGAAGGUCCCCGCCCUUCAAUACCUCUACUAUCUCAAACAAAUCGGAAUGGCAAUGUCGCCUCUGAGCAACAAUGCGCUGUUCCUCUCGUAUGAACGCAACCCCUUCCCUCAAUUCCUGAGGAUGGGCAUGAACGUAUCAAUCAGCACAGACGAUCCCUUGCAGUUCCACCUGUCGAAAGAGCCAUUGCUGGAAGAAUACAGCGUCGCGACCCAAAUCUACAAGCUGACGCCGUCAGACAUGUGUGAGCUCGCUCGACACUCGGUGCUGCAGAGCGGCUUCGAGACAGAGCUGGUACGCCACUGGCUGGGUCCCUCCUACUUUGUUAAAGGGCCCCGGGGUAACAACGUGGCCAAAUCAAACGUCCCCGACAUCCGUCUGAGAUUCAGAGAGGAGACGUUGCAGGAGGAGCUCGACCUCGUGUGGAGAUACACACAACCAAAAGAUGGUCCCUCGACCAAGUAGACAUGCAACGAUUGUAGAUUACAUCACCACUUCUGCCAAAAGAAUGCCCAGAUACUAUUACAUAAGAUUAG